AUGGCAAGUCUUAAGGGAGAGACAUUUACUGUUGUUCCGCAAGAAAUCAGUCGUCAUUUCAUUGAGCCAACCGAGAUCAACCAAGCAAGACAAAACAUCUGCUUAGAUCACCAAAUCUUGGAAGAUGAAGACUAUUAUGAUGAAGAAGACGAGAGCGAUGAUUCCUACCUAGAAACUGACUUUAGUCUUUGUGAACAACAGCCUAAAUCAGUGGAUUCAGACGAAGAUGAAGAUGACAUCGUUCCUCAAUCUGUCAAAUGGUCUUUUGUACGCCGCUUAUUUUCUAAACUCAGUUUUCAUACUUCUUUGUCUCAACAGGUAGAUUAUACGUGCCAACCUUAUUUGAGCAAGUAUGGCACAUUACUCAAUAAGCGUGUGGGUGAAGGUGUGUCUGCUACAGUUCAAUUGGUUCAGCAACAACAAGAUACAUUAGCAGUCAAAAUAUUCAGAAAGCGAAAGCGAAAAGAGCCUGUCAGUGGAUACAUGAAAGCAUUAGCUAGUGAAUUCUGCAUUGCUUCUGCACUCCAUCAUGAAAAUAUAGUCAAAACAUUAGAUUUUGUUCGAAUGGAUGAAGAUCAUGAACGAUUUGGUAUUGUGAUGGAAUAUUAUCCUGAGGGUGACAUGUAUAACUUGAUCAAGCAAGGAAGACUCCAAGAUACCGAAAUUUAUUCUUAUUUUAAACAAAUGUUACAAGGGCUUGAUUAUCUGCAUUCAUUAGGUGUGGCUCAUCGAGACUUGAAGCCUGAAAACUUACUUGUGCAUCAAGGCCAACUCAAAAUUUCAGAUUUUGGUUCAGCAGAUGUUUUUCGGGUCGCAUGGCAAGACCAUAGUCGUCUAUCGGAUGGUUUGUGUGGCACCACGCCUUACAUGGCACCCGAAAUCUUUUUAGAUGAAGGUUACUGGGCUCCACCUGUGGAUGUUUGGUCAGCCGGUGUGAUUCUGUUCUGUAUGAAAUUUGAUGGUGUUCCCUUUGGAUGUGCUCAACUUACAGAUGCUAAUUACCCUAUUUAUUUACGAAAAAGACUCUUGCGACAAUACGAGCCGUUCAACAAACUAGCGCAUGAACCACGCACGUUGAUCUAUGCCAUGCUUAAUCCAGACAGUCAAACACGUAUUUCAGUGCAUGAUUUGUUAACUUUGCCUUGGUUGGAAUCCCUCUAA